AUGGGUAACUACUGUUUUAGUAACGGUAAGGUAAGCAUUCAUGUGUUGGUGGCUCCGUGUUUCGAUAAGAAGCUGGAGGCCGUGAGAGAGGAGUUCUACAACGGCCUGCUGGAGAGCCGCGACGUGGGCUGUGUCCUCACCUCAGGGGAGAUCUAUCACCUGAUGGAGCAGAGGAAGGUGUCAGUGGAGGAGCUGGACUCAGUUCCACUGGACCACGUGCUGGGUGAGGCUGGAGACGCGGCGCUGCUGAGGCACGAGGGCAGAGGAUCUGAAGGAUUUCUGGAGCACGUUUUCAAACACGCUGCGAAAGAACAGUUCGGUCUGGAGGUUCAGAAGAUCACGUACAAGUCUCUGAGGAACAGGGACUUCCAGGAGGUGACUCUGGAGCGCGACGGGGAAACUUUGCUACAGUUUGCGGCGGUUUACGGCUUCAGGAACAUCCAGACUCUGGUUCACCGCAUGAGGAAGGGCCGCGUUCCAUACCAGCUGGUGGAGGUGCUGUCCUGCCCCGGAGGGUGUCUGAGCGGCCGGGGUCAGGCUGAGAGUGAUGGGGGGGGCCGUGUGGAUAAAGCUCUGGUGCAGCAGAUGGAGGACGCCUACAGCAGCCUGCCGGUCCGCCUGCCCGAGCUGAACCCCGUCCUGCAGACUCUGUACCGGGACUGCCUGCAGGGCCACGACUCGACACACACACACACACUGCUGCACACACACUACAGCAGCCAGACACACACACAACCCCCACACAUGCAGUGGUGA